AUGUCUUCAGUAGUUCCUGUUUUUGAAGAUUUAUCCUUCUAUUCUAAUCCAAAAGGUCAAGAAGGUAGAUAUAAUGAAUUAACUUCCAAAUUCAACCAAUAUUUCCCCGAUGCCAAAAUUGAUUUCUUUUCUCGUUCUCCCGGGAGAGUAAAUGUUAUUGGUGAUCACAUUGAUUAUAAUUUCUUCCCAGUAUUACCUAUGGCUAUUGAAGUCGAUGUGGUUGCUGCUGUUUCAAUUAAUGAAUCAAAUAAAAUCAAAAUCACCAAUGUUGACAACGACGACUUCCCUGCUCAAACCAUUGAAAUCCCAGGUGAUCCAAAACAGACCGUUUCAAUUAGUCAAGAACAUAGUUGGGGUAAUUAUUUCAAAUGUGGUUUAAUUGUUGCUCAUAAAUUCAUGAUGGAAAAUAGAGGUUUGACUACCAGUUUGAAAGGAAUGAAUCUUACGUUUAGUGGUACUGUUCCAACCGGUGGAGGUUUAUCUUCAUCUGCUGCAUUCUGUGUUGCUUCCACAUUGGCCGUGUUAUAUGCGAAUGGAGUCAAAGACAUUACUAAAUCCGAUCUUACUAAGAUCACGGUUGUUUCUGAACAUUAUGUCGGGGUUCAAACUGGUGGUAUGGAUCAAUGUGCAUCUGUAUAUGGUGAGAGUUCCAAGGCAUUGCUUAUUCAAUUCAAGCCGGAAUUAAAGGGUAUUCCAUUUGAAUUCCCAGUUAAGGAUUUAACUUUUGUUAUUACUAAUAGUUUACAAGUUGCUAAUAAACAUGAAACUGCUCCUAUUCAUUAUAAUUUACGUGUUGUUGAAAUGGGUAUUGCUUCUGAUUUAUUAGCUAAGAAACUUGGUCUUAGUGGAUUACCACAAGAUUCUAAUGUUAAAUCCAGUAGUUUAAGAGGAGUUAUGGAUGGGUAUUAUACUUCUGUUUUGAAGCAAGAUGUUUGGGAUGGUAACAAUAUUGAAAUUGGUAUUCAAAGAUUGAUCACUAUGACUGAAAAAGUGGAACAAGAAUUAACUAAUCAAGUUGGAUAUAGUGUUGAAGAAUGCUGUCAAGAAUUAGGAAUUUCCGAAGAAGAAUUCAAAAUCAAAUAUUUAUCAAUUUUCCCAGUUAGAUUUGAUAAGUUAAAACUUUAUCAACGUGCCAAACAUGUUUAUAGAGAAAGUUUAAGAGUUUUAGAAACUCUUAGACUUUUGAAAUCUAAUAUUACUGAUCCAGUAGAAUUCUUAAAUCAAUUUGGUAAAUUGAUGAAUGAAUCUCAAUUAGAUCUUGAUGCUUUAAACAAUUCUUCAAAUGAUAAACUUAAUGAAAUUUGUUCCAUUGCUCUUGCUAAUGGUGCUUAUGGGUCUCGUAUUACUGGUGCUGGUUGGGGUGGAUCUCUUGUUCAUUUAACUACUACUGAUAAGGCUGAAACUUUGAAACAAGCCUUUAUUGAUCAAUAUUAUAAGAAAGAAUUCCCUGAAAUUACUCAAGCUGAAUUACUGGAAGCAAUUAUUGAUAGUAAACCAGCAACUGGAAGUUGUGUUAUUACAACAAAGUAA